AUGGAAUCACAUCUUCAACAACAUUCUCAACAAGGAUAUGAAUUCAAUUUUCUUCAAUUACCUGGACCAACUACUUGCUUUCAGUCAGCAGAUUAUUCACAAUAUCAAAAAUUCAAAUUGGAAGAUGAUAUAUCAUCUCUAAUAGUUUUAGAUUGGUUUACUAGUGGGAGAAUGUCUAGAGGAGAACGAUGGGAAUUUGCCAAUUAUAAAUCAGGAAUGGUAAUGAAGAAAAUCAAAUUUUCGUGA